CUCUCUUACUUUUAGGCCUAUGCACUUGCUUCUAACUUGUUUCUCUCUCUUUCUCUCUCUCAAUCAAGAUGCAAAUAAGCACAAACCAACAUUCAAGCCACAAGUCCAACCCCACCAACUCUCUUCUUAUCAAAGUGUUCACUGUGUUUUUUUCCUGCUUCAACAGUGGAGCAUGUGUAUUUAUGUGCUUUUUGGUUUCAUCUCAUCUUCGAUUUUUGUCUCAGACACAACAAUGAAACAUCUUGUUUCACAACUCUCAUGUCUCCAAGCCUUAUUAUAGCCUUAGUUUUGAGGAAAAGAAAAGUUAAAAAGGAUGAAAUAAUAAACUCACUUUUUUUUUUUAAUUCUCUUAUGGCUGUUGUACAAUUUUUGCUUCUAGUUCCACCAAAUUCUGUUCCAAGUUUUGUUGUUGUUCUUGGAUUGGUGGUGAAGGGUAAGAGAAUUCAUGAUUGAUCUACAGUUUCACUUGGAAGGAAAUGGGGUUGAAGCUGAUUCUGCUGCUGAUUAAGCUACAUUUAGUGCUCAGCACUCAACAGCUUCAUGAAUAUGAAGCCACCAAUCCACACCAAUCAAGAGCAAGUAAUCAGUUUAGUAUUGCAAUCCCACCAUUGAAAUCAACUUCUGGAGUUUCCGAAAGCACUGCACAUGCUCCUUCAAAAUCAUCUUCCAGUGUUCCUGUAAGUAUUGCAAUGCCACCUUCUAAGCCAAUUCAAAGAACUCAUGCAAGGAAAUGGACACAUAGUUCUAUGGAUUCUCCAAUAUCACAUCAUAAGCAUCAUUAUUCGAGAAAAAGGUCCGGCAACCCGACCCCUGCGCCGGCCUAUCCAAUCCAUCCUCCUGCUUACAGCUAUCAAGGUCCUUCAGUCUCCAAGUUGCAGCCUCCAUUCUCUUCACCAAAGAACAAGGAUUUUCGCGCACCUGCACCUUCACUGGCACCAUCACCAGCGAUUAUGUCAAGCCACCUUAACGUGCCCUCUCAUUCACCUAGAAUUGCACCUCUGAGCUCAUCAUUGAAGAAGACUAAGGCUCAGCCACCAGCUGCAUAUUCUUUUGUUCUGCCACCUCCACCUCCUAAUAAGGAUUGUUUGUCCAUGACUUGCUCUGAUCCCUUGACAUACACGCCACCAGGUUCGCCUUGUGGUUGUGUAUUGCCUCUUCAAGUAAAACUCCAAAUUGGCAUUGCAAUAUCCAAGUUUUUUCCUUUGGUUUCAAAGCUUGCUGAGGAAGUUGCAGCCGGUCUUUCGCUGAAUCGCAGCCAAGUUCGCAUUGUAGGAGCUGAUGCUGCUAAUCUACAACUAGAGAAAACCAAUGUUCUCAUAAACUUGGUACCAACAGGAGUAAAAUUCAAUGACACCACUGCUUUUUCCAUAUAUCAGAAACUCUGGCACAAGAAGGUUCUUAGGCAUGCUUCCAUGUUUGGAGAUUAUGAAGUGCUAUAUGUCCAAUACCCAGGUCUUCCACCAUCGCCACCUUCCACAUCCAAUGGUAUAGACAAUGGGCCAUAUAUCAGUGGUGAUAACAAUGGAACAAUAAUGAAACCUUUAGGAGUAGAUGUGUCAAGGAAGACAAAAGGAGAGAGUAAUAAUGGAAGACUGAUUGUUGUAAUUGUAUUGUCAUCGGUUACUGCUUUUGUUAUAUUCAUUGGACUUGCUUGGCUUUGUUUGUUGAAGUACAGAUCCUGUGUCAUCAAACCGGAACAAGGUCCAGAUGUUUUGAUUUCACCCUCUUCAAAACUAUCUGGUACUCCUACAGAAUUAGCUCAUGGGAAAAUGCAAAGUUCAGGAUCAAUGUCCUUCAAUUCAGGGUCAAUAACAUACACAGGAGCUGCUAAGAUAUUUUCAUUGAAUGAGUUAGAGAAAGCAACAAAUAACUUUGAUUCUUCAAGAAUAUUAGGAGAAGGUGGGUUUGGUCUUGUAUACAAGGGAAUUCUAAAUGAUGGGAGGGAUGUAGCAGUGAAGAUCCUUAAAAGAGAUGAUCAGCGUGGUGGUCGCGAGUUCUUGGCAGAAGUUGAGAUGCUUAGCCGGCUGCACCAUAGAAAUUUAGUUACAUUGUUAGGUAUCUGCAUAGAGAGAAAGCCCCGGUGCCUAGUCUAUGAACUAGUCCCUAAUGGGAGUGUGGAAUCUCACCUUCAUGGUGCUGACAAGGAAACUAGUCCACUAGAUUGGAAUUCGCGAAUGAAGAUUGCGCUUGGUGCAGCUAGGGGAUUGGCUUAUCUUCAUGAGGAUUCAAAUCCAUGUGUCAUACACAGGGAUUUCAAGUCCAGCAACAUCUUGUUAGAAGAUGACUUUACACCAAAAGUUUCGGAUUUCGGAUUGGCUAGAACGGCAUUGGAGGAGGGAAACAAGCAUAUCUCCACACAUGUUAUGGGAACAUUUGGAUACUUGGCUCCUGAAUAUGCAAUGACUGGCCAUCUUCUUGUAAAGAGUGAUGUUUACAGCUAUGGAGUAGUACUACUUGAGCUCCUAACAGGAAGAAAGCCUGUGGAUUUUUCACAACCACCAGGCCAAGUCGCAGCAAUUGCAUCCAUGUGUGUGCAGCCAGAAGUGUCUCAAAGACCAUUCAUGGGGGAAGUGGUUCAAGCCUUGAAGCUAGUAUGCAAUGAAUUUGAGGAAACAAGUGAUGUCAGAUCAAGGAGUUUUCAAGAAGGAAGUCUCCUAACUGACAUGGAAGUGAAAUUGUCCGGUGUUUCGGACGAGGGGGAAGACUUUUCCGGGUAUCAUACGCCGGUGUAUGGCUACCAAUCCGGCGAGGAAAAGGUAGCAUUAUCAGCAACAGAUUUGCUCAGUACUUCAGGCCAAGAAUUUGAAUCUUUCAGGAGGCAUUCUUCUUCAGGGCCUUUGACUAGUGGAAGGAAAAUAAAGUUCUGGCAAAAGUUGAGAAGCAUGUCCAGAGGAAGCACCAGUGAGCAUGGAUUUUCAACUAAACUAUGGCCUGGAUCCCAUUAAAACUUUUUCAAUCUUGACUACAUUAUUCUGAGUACAGAUUCUGAUGAGAGUGGACAUGUAUUUAUUACUUUGUUGGAAAAAAAAUGGCAAUUUUUGCCAGAAAGACUUGCAUGUUCUUUUAGCACAUUUAAUGUGUGC